AUGGGCUGGCUCGACCGGAGUGAUACCACGGCCUUACAGAAAACCGACGUGAAACAACGAUUGCGUUGUGUUUCGUCGUGUGAGGAAGACGAGUCGGGAUGCGAGGCUGAUAUGCUGGAGGGCGCGGAGGUGGGACGGCACUCGCCGCCCCGGCCGCAGCAAGAGCCCAUCAACCUCAAGAAUGAGGACAUCUCCCAUCGCAACGCGGCCAUCGAGACUGGCCAGAAACAAUACACUUCACCUAUCGCACCCAACAAAGAACCUAUUAACAAUAUGAGUAAUGCACAACUUAGAUCGAGUGGCUAUCUGAUAUAUGAAACCGACGACGCAGACGGGCUGUUCGUACCAUCUAAUCUUCCCAAUCUUAGACAAUUCACUCGCUACUGA